AUGGCACGCUCCUUGGGAAUAUUCGCACGCCCUGUCCACUUUUCGACCUCCUCUCGACCUUCAAUCCCAGUUUUCCAAUCACCUUGGCAUCGAAAGUUCGACUCUAUGUCUUUCGUGCGGCUAGGCACCACAAAGACCGAGAAAAAUCGCGUCAAGUAUGACUGGAUCGAGGGGGUUGAGCCACUUGAAGAAUAUCAACCUGGGGGGUAUCAUCCCAUCAUGGUGGGGGACGUGUUACAUAACCGUUAUCACAUUACAGACAAACUUGGCUUUGGUGGGUAUUCGACGGUUUGGCUUGCCCGAGAUACUUAUCUGAGCCGAUAUGUUACUCUCAAGAUCAGCGUGGCCAGUUCGAUUCAGCACGAGACGCAAGUCCUUAGAGCUCUGUCUUCUCCACCUCCAUCGUCUUCAUCAGAGCAUCCUGGGAGUGGGCUGGUACCUGUUUUCCUAGAUGAAUUCGAAGUGCAGGGUCCCAAUGGAGAACAUACAUGCUACACGGUGGCCCCUGCACAAUGCAACCUUAGAGAGGCCUCUUUUAGCCAUCUUUUCCCUAUGGAAGUUGCACGAGCACUUUCAUAUCGACUCGCACAGGCCGUUGCUUAUAUACAUUCACAAGGCUAUAUUCAUGGAGAUAUUCAUUUAAAUAAUAUUUUGUUCAAGCUCCCGUCAAGCUUCGAUGAGCUUUCCAUCAGGCAAUUCUAUGAAAGAUUCGGCGAACCUGAUACAGUCCCUAUCACACGAUGUGACGGAGAACCAUUGCCCCCCAAUGCCCCGACUAAAGGUGUUGUACCGCUACUCAUAGGGAAAUAUGCGGAGGAGUUCUCAUUAUCCGACGCUUAUCCCCUUCUAACUGACUUUGGUGAGGCGUUUCCCCCCACUUCGAAAACUCGUCUGGGGAAAGACUGCCACACGCCAAAUGCGUUUCGGGCCCCAGAAGUCAAAUUCGAAUCGCAAAUGCCUUUGGGGUAUCCCUCAGAUAUCUGGAGUCUGGCUACAGCAAUAUGGGAGAUUGUUGGAAUGAAGGCUAUAUUUAGCACCGAUUUUGUGGAUGGGGAUCAGAUAGCGGCUCAGAAUAUCGAUGUACUAGGGCCUAUGCCAUCGGAAUGGUGGCAGCACUGGGAAGCGCGAUCUAGAUUUUUCGAUAAGGAUGGAUAUCCAGUGGAGUCCUACAAGGGAAAUCAAUGGCCCCCGCUCGAGGAAUCCUUUGAGACUGGUGUACAGGAAUGGAGACGGAAGAUGGGAGGCGAGAUUGAGGAAGAUGAAAAAGUUGCGUUUCUGGAUUUGAUGCGCCGGAUGCUGUCCUUCCGACCAGAAGAGCGACCAACUGCUGAAGAGGUGCUAAUGUCGAAUUGGAUGGUUAAAUGGGCAUUGCCUGAUUGUGAGCGGAGAUAA